AUGCCUACUACUACGUCCGUCCUCACUGUCCUCGCCGGCAUCCUCGCCGUGAUCUCCCUCGCCGUCUAUUUCUUCGGCAUUCCCCCAGAGCUGAAGAGGGCCAUGGAAAAGAAAGCACUCGAGACCAUGGGAGAGAACAAGGCUUCGUAUCUUAUGAAAGACCAACUCAGCAAGAUCCCAGAAUCCGACCAGCAGAACGUGAACGAGGUGAAGAACGGCCUUGGCAAUGCUCUUGGUGGAGGACUGAAGAACCCAAUUGGCGAGAAGACUGGUGACCUUGGUGAUGAUCUCACCUCGGGCUUCACUGGUCGCUGA